GAUCGAUAAUUGAAAGGAUGCUAAGCAAGAUGUCGUCUUUCACGUUGAUGUUGGUCUUAGCAACGGUAUGUGGAAUCAGCGGUUUAGAAAACACAACGGAAGAAAUUCACAGCUCGAACGACUACCACGUUUCUGAAGAGGAAGAUAAUUCAGUUAACGGAAGCCAGAUAGCGGAAGCAACUGCCAAUGAUCCAGCUACUCCCAUUCCGGCGGUGACAUUGACUGCAUGCGAAUUAACUACCCAACGCCGAUUAACCGUCAUCAAAAGUAGCGCAUUUCCUAAUCCUUACAAUCCUAAUAUCGAUUGCAAAUACGUUAUUAAAAGACAAUCAGAGAAUACUUGCUCAGUUACUUUUUUAUUCAACGUCUUCGAUCUGCAGAGAAGCGAAAACUGCGAUAAAGAUUAUCUUUCGAUUGAAGGAGAGAGAAUAUGCGGGUCUCAACCCAUUGGAUUUACAC